GGAGCGGGAGGGCUCUCCUCACAGAAGCGCUUCCUCGCGGAGGGGUUGGAGCUGCGGCAGACGCAGGCCUGGGCAGCCCCUUCUGUGCCGCCUCCUUCUCUUCCUGAGGGCUCCCCGGUCCUCUUGCCCUCCGACGCUACCCAGGUAUGGUCUGAAUAUGCGUUGCUUGGCAGCUCGGGUCAACUAUAAGACUUUGAUUGUCAUCUGCGCACUCUUCACUUUGGUCACAGUACUUUUGUGGAAUAAGUGUUCCAGCGACAAAGCGAUCCAGUUUCCACGGCACUCGAGUAGUGGCUUCAGAGUGGAUGCGUUAGAAAAAAGAGCAGCAGCGUCUGAGAGCAACAACGAUGUGAACCACAUGGCCAAGCACUCUGAGGAGGCAUUCCCUCAGGAACAGCAGAAAGCGCCCCCUGUUGUUGGGGGCUUCAAUAGCAAUGGGGGAAGCAAGGUGUUAGGGCUCAAAUAUGAAGAAAUUGACUGUCUCAUAAAUGAUGAACACACAAUUAAAGGGAGACGAGAGGGGAAUGAAGUCUUUCUUCCAUUCACCUGGGUGGAGAAAUAUUUUGACGUUUACGGAAAGGUGGUUCAGUACGAUGGCUAUGAUCGGUUUGAAUUCUCUCAUAGCUAUUCCAAAGUCUAUGCACAGAGAGCCCCUUAUCACCCUGAUGGUGUAUUUAUGUCCUUUGAAGGCUACAAUGUGGAAGUCCGAGACAGAGUCAAGUGCAUAAGUGGGGUUGAAGGUGUACCUCUAUCUACACAAUGGGGACCUCAAGGCUAUUUCUACCCAAUCCAGAUUGCACAGUAUGGAUUAAGUCAUUACAGCAAGAAUCUAACUGAGAAACCCCCUCACAUAGAGGUAUAUGAAACAGCAGAAGACAGGGACAAAAAUAGCAAGCCCAAUGACUGGACCGUGCCAAAGGGCUGCUUUAUGGCUAGUGUGGCUGAUAAGUCUAGAUUCACCAAUGUUAAACAGUUCACUGCUCCAGAAACCAGUGAUGGUGUAUCCUUGCAACUGGGGAACACAAAAGAUUUUAUUAUUUCAUUUGACCUCAAGUUCUUAACAAACGGAAGUGUGUCUGUGGUUCUGGAGACCACAGAAAAGAAUCAGCUCUUCACUGUACAUUAUGUCUCAAAUACCCAGCUAAUUGCUUUUAAAGAAAGAGACAUAUACUAUGGCAUUGGGCCCAGAACUUCAUGGAGCACGGUUACCAGGGACCUGGUCACUGACCUCCGGAAAGGAGUGGGUCUUUCCAACACAAAAGCUGUCAAGCCAACCAAAAUAAUGCCCAAGAAAGUAGUUAGGUUGAUUGCAAAAGGGAAAGGCUUCCUCGACAACAUUACCAUCUCUACCACAGCCCACAUGGCCGCAUUCUUUGCUGCCAGUGAUUGGUUGGUGAGGAACCAGGAUGAGAAAGGUGGCUGGCCAAUUAUGGUGACCCGUAAGUUAGGGGAAGGGUUCAAGUCUUUAGAGCCAGGGUGGUACUCUGCCAUGGCCCAAGGGCAAGCCAUUUCUACAUUAGUCAGGGCCUAUCUCUUAACAAAAGACCAUGUAUUCCUCAAUUCAGCUUUAAGGGCAACAGCCCCUUACAAAUUUCUAUCAGAGCAGCAUGGAGUUAAAGCUGUGUUUAUGAAUAAACACGACUGGUAUGAAGAAUAUCCAACCACACCUAGCUCUUUUGUUUUAAAUGGCUUUAUGUAUUCUUUAAUUGGGCUGUAUGACUUAAAAGAAACUGCUGGGGAAAAACUUGGGAAAGAAGCGAGGUCCUUGUAUGAGCGUGGCAUGGAAUCCCUUAAAGCCAUGCUCCCCUUGUACGACACUGGCUCAGGAACCAUCUAUGACCUCCGGCACUUCAUGCUUGGCAUUGCCCCCAACCUGGCCCGCUGGGACUAUCACACCACCCACAUCAAUCAACUGCAGCUACUCAGCACCAUUGAUGAGUCCCCAAUCUUCAAAGAAUUUGUCAAGAGGUGGAAAAGCUACCUUAAAGGCAGCAGGGCAAAGCACAACUAGAGCUCAGAACCAAAAUCAUAUUUCAGCCUCUGCUGUACACAAAAACUACGGGCUCUCUGUCAGCAGAGCAUAGGCACAUUUUAAAAGGUUGUAUACUAGGUUUUUGUGGAUUACAUCAAAGUGAUAAAUGAUCCUUAAAACCAGUCUUCUGAGAUAAUUGCAUUCCAUGAGUUGGGUGUUUAGAAAUGGAGGUGGUAUUUAGAGCAGAAAAGUGUUUAGUCAAUGGGUGAAUGAAAAUGUUUAACUUGGCCUUGCUUAUCACCCUAUACAGAUAGUUCCACAGAUAGUCCAGUCCUCUCGGUUUGGGAAAGACAAUGGUAAGUAGCUCUUACUGGCCAACUGUCCAGCACUUGCCUGCAAACUUAGUAUGGGGCUCUUUUAAAAUGUGGUUAUUUAUGUUUAUGUUGAAAGCAGACUUUAAAAAAAUAAUGUGCUGUAAUACAGUAAAUAUGUACUUGUAGCCUGAAUAGUGGACUGUGCAACUUUAAAAAUGAUGUUUCUUUUCUAUAUAUUAAUUUCUUGGGAGUGAAUGAACAUUUGUUGCAUUUGUUCAAUUUGUUAUAUAUGGAGAAUAUUUUGAAU